AUGGCCAUGAGACCUCUAACAUCCAUCUCAGAAGUGAGUAUCGCCAGUGCUGCUGGUGGCCUUCUAUAUUAUUGGAUGUCACACACACUCCAAUACAAAGAUGCUCUGUGUGGUAUAGCUGCAGGCAGCCUUACCUCCACUAUCAUAUUGCUUCAGUUUCUGGUGCAUCCUGCCCGGUGUGUUUUUACUUUGGUAAUACCAACACUGGGCACCAAAGUUGGUCGAAAAUUGCUUCUGACUGGAAUAUGUUUACUCAUUGCAGCGAAUGUCAUCCCAAACAUUGUCCAAAAUAUUAAGCUGAUGCGAGAACUUCCUCAGUGUAUUAUGAGGAGUGCAACAGAAAACAUCUUAAAUUCUACUCCAGUAUUAUCUCAGGCAACGGAUGUUUGGAAAAUCAAGGAACUAAAUCUAAUUUUUCCAAAACAGAGCUUAAACUUAAACCAUCAGAUAGGCCACAGACAUAUUGAAAAUAUUUUGACAGAAGUCAGUCAGAAGAUAAACAGUGAAUUUCACAGUAUACAACUGACCCAUUUAGAGUUUGACAAUGGCUAUCUCACCAGGGACCUGGAAAAACUAGCCAAGAGCAACCCCACCAAUUGUGACACAUUUCUGGCGGCUGCUGGAAUGCGAACGAAAACAACAGGACUGAAACUGUCUCAAAAGGAAAUGAAGAAGUGUCUAGUACACAUGGCAAUGAUCACCGUAUGCCUAGCACUGUCUGCAGCAGUAAUAGCAGAUUAUGGCAUCUUCCAUCUUGUGAGCAGCCUGACAAAGUGGACGGAGAAUGUUCCAUGUUUAUCUGCGUCCCUUGAUGUCAACAUUGUUAUAAAAUGGAACAUUGUUCUGCUGGUGAAGAUUGAUCAAAUGGUAAACGUUACACGGGAAUUUCCUUGGAAUUACACCCUGGUACCAACUGACUGUGUAAGGAAGCCAGUUCCUCCAGAUAUGCAAGUAAUAUUUUUUAUCAGCGCCAUGUACAUUCUUGCUUAUUUUAUGGCAGCGUUGGAUGCUUACGUAGUUCGCAUACGUAGAAAGAUUGCAGCCUCAUUCUUUCAGAAGGAGGAGGAAAGAAUUCGUUAUUUGUACCAGAUGAUUUUAAAGAAAUACAUAAAAGAUGGCAAUGCAGAACUCUUAAGCUCAGCUGAACCCUCUGAAGGAGGUGCCAAAGAGAGAGGGUGGGCUGAACAUGAGGAUGGAGGCUUUCCACAGCAUUUGCAGGGAAAUGGAGGAUCAACUCAACCCGGGGCUGAAUCUGAAACAAUCAAAAUAGUCAGUCAUGAAACAGCGAAUGUGACUUUCUGGAAUUUGGAAGACAGUAAUGAGGAGGAGACCAACCUUAAAAAUUAA